UCCACCCCUCCCUGAGCGGGUAAUGCGGAACUCCCUGCAGUGGCUGAAAGAAGCACUACUGCUUGUAGGUGCUGUUCGCCCUUGUGAAAGCGAGGAAAACCAAACCAAACCAAAACAAAAACAACACACCCCAAGAAAAAAGUCGACUCGGCAUUGACUCUGAACUGGACCUAAUAGUAACCGUACAUAGAGUACCAGGACGGAGACAAGGAGGUCGAAGCGAAUCCGAGAAUGGUGUAGUGACUUGAGGAAGUUUUUUUUUCUGCCAACGGAAUGGCCCACUGACCCUUCAGUCUACUAUGUUCUAAGACUGAAAUGACCUAAACAAAAUUUUUAAAAUGCAAAAAAGAAAAGUCUGCCCACGCCUGCUAGACUACCUGGUUAUUGUGGGUGCCAGGCAGCCUAGUAGUGACAGUGUUGCUCAGACUCCAGAACUACUGCGACGCUACCCCCUUGAAGACCACUUGGACUUCCCUUUACCUCCAGAUGUGGUCUUUUUUUGCCAGCCUGAAGGUUGCUUAAGUGUACGGCAGAAACGCAUGAGUUUGCGGGAUGACACCUCAUUUGUAUUUACACUUACAGAAAAGGACACUGGUGUAGUCCGCUAUGGGAUCUGUGUUAACUUUUAUCGAUCAUUUCAGAAGCGUUCUUGCAAAUCUGAGAAGGUUGAUUGCCAUCGUAAUCGUGAAAAAUCUAAAUCUGCUUUCUCUGGCACUGGGGAUUUGGGAGCUACACACGAUGAGGCUGGCAGUGAGAGCUCUGAAAGUGGUUCUUCACUUCAGCCAGCCAGCUCUGACUCUACUCCAGAUGUAAACAAAUCACCAAGAAGCAAGCGCUGUGCCAAGCUUGUCCAACGGCACCGCAACAGCACCCUAACUUCACUAUGCAUCCUCAGUCACUACCCAUUCUUCUCCACAUUUCGGGAAUGUCUGUAUAUCCUCAAGAGGCUGGUGGACUGCUGCAGUGAAAGACUUACAAAAAAAGUUGGCCUCUCUAAAGGAAUGCAAAGGGAUACAAUGUGGCGAGUGUUUACAGGUGCCCUGUCCCUUGAAGAAAAGAACAGUCUGUUGCUGCAGGAUCUGCGAGAAAUUGAGUCUUGGGUAUACCGCUUGCUCCGAUCUCCAGUCCCUAUUUGUGGCCAAAAGCGUGUUGAUGUAGAAGUGCUGCCUCAUGAACUACAACCUGCUCUGACAUUCGCCCUCCCUGACCCAUCCCGCUUCUCUCUAGUGGAUUUUCCUUUACAUCUCCCUCUUGAGCUGCUGGGAGUUGAUGCCUGCUUGCAGGUGCUCACAUGCAUCUUGCUUGAGCACAAGGUGGUUCUGCAGUCUCGGGAUUACAAUGCCCUUUCAAUGAGUGUCAUGGCAUUUGUGGCAAUGAUUUAUCCUCUGGAGUACAUGUUCCCUGUAAUUCCCCUACUUCCAACUUGUAUGGCUUCUGCAGAACAGCUUCUUCUUGCUCCGACUCCCUACAUCAUUGGUGUACCUGCAAGCUUCUUCCUUUACAAAUCUGAUUUCAAAAUGCCUGACGAUGUUUGGCUGGUUGACCUGGACACAAAUAAGGUUAUUAUCCCACACAAUGUUGAACCUCUACCUGCCUUACCUGAGCCAGAGGCCACUGAUCUCAAGAAGCACUUGAAACAGGCUUUGGCUAGCAUGAGUCUAAACACACAGCCUAUUCUGAACCUGGAGAAAUUCCAGGAAGGACAGGAGCUGCCACUGCUCUCAGGAAGAUCACGAGAUGAUGGAGCUUCAACUCCUUCCACUGAGUUUAAUCCUCUGAUAUAUGGCAAUGAUGUUGACUCCGUAGAUGUGGCAACAAGGGUGGCCAUGGUGAGAUUUUUUAAUUCUCCAAAUGUGCUGCAGGGAUUUCAGAUGCACACUCGCACACUGAGGCUUUUUCCUAGGCCUGUGGUGGCCUUUCAGGCCAACUCCUUUCUUGCCUCCAGACCAAAACAAUCUGGAUUUGCAGAGAAGCUUGCCCGUACUCAAGCUGUUGAGUACUUUGGAGAGUGGUCUUUGAACCCCACCAACUAUGCAUUCCAGCGGAUCCAUAACAAUAUGUAUGACCCUUCUCUCAUUGGAGAUAAACCCAAGUGGUAUGCACAUCAGCUGCAACCAAUUUUUUAUCGUGUUUAUGAUAGCAACUCCCAGCUUGCUGAGGCAAUGAAUGCUCCACUUGAGAGAGAGAACCAGAAUGACUCUGAUCCAACUGAUGACAGUGGCAGUGACAGUGUGGACUAUGAUGACUCCAGCUCAUCAUAUUCUUCUCUUGGUGACUUUGUCAGUGAAAUGAUGAAGUGUGAUAUCAAAGGAGAUACUCCUAAUGUUGAUCCUUUGACUCACGCAGCACUAGGAGAUGCCAGUGAGGUGGAAUUCCAGGAUUUUCAAGAAUAUAGGGGUGAUGUAGAGGACCAAACACUGGACAGUGAGAAUUCCCUUGACAACAACCAGCCACGGUCUAGCUCCAGUACAACAGCAAGCUCUAGUCCUAGCACAGUUAUUCAGGGAGUCAAUCAUGAAUCUUGUGACUCUGCAGAGGUGGAAGAGAAAUCUGUCACUGGUUUUCAGAACCACACUGUGGCUUUAGGUCUGCAAACAUUCCCCAAGCUUAGUUUGGAGCGAAGGGAGAGUGAAAGCACACCCCUAGGUGAAGUCUUUCUGAAGAAGCGCGAGUAUGAUAACCCAUACUUUGAGCCACAGUAUGGCUUUCCUGUAGAAGAAGAUGAAGAUGCAGAUGGAGAGCAAGAAGAAAGCUACACUCCUAAAUUCAACCAGAAUUUAAAUGGAAACAGGUCUCAAAAGCCUUUGCGUCCCAGCAGCCUGAAAUUGCCCAGUGACUCAGAUGCGGAAUCAGACUCGCGUGCAAGCUCUCCAAACUCAACUGUAUCUAACAAUAGUACUGAAGGAUUUGGUGGAUUAAUGUCUUUUGCCAGUAACCUAUAUAAAAACCACAGCACAAGCUUCAGCCUAUCCAAUCUGGCUUUGCCUACAAAGGCUUCAAGAGACAAAACAAAUCCCUUUCCCAGCUUGAAAGUAUUUGAACUAAAUGCUAUUAUGGAGAUAAUAACUGAAGCUGGCACAGUGGGCACUGAAGGAAAUCGCAGAGCUCUUGUUGACCAAAAAUCAUCUGUCAUCAAACACAGUCCAACUAUAAAAAGGGAAUCACCGUCUCCUCAGGGGAGAUCAAAUAACACCAGUGAAAAUCAGCAGUUCCUGAAGGAGGUAGUGCAGAAUGUUUUAGAUGGCCAAGGUGUGGGUUGGCUAAAAAUGAAGAAAGUGCGGUCUUUGUUGGAGAAUGAACAACUACGGGUUUUUGUUCUGAGCAAAUUAAAUAGAGCCAUCCAGUCUGAGGAGGAUGCACGACAAGAAGUCAUUCACGAUGUGGAGAUUAAUCGAAAAGUGUACAAGGGAAUGCUAGACCUUUUGAAGUGCACAGUUUCCAGUCUGGAGCAGUCCUACACCAAUGCUGGCCUUGGUGGGAUGGCCAGUGUAUUCAACCUGCUAGAAAUUGCCUGUACUCAUUACUACACCAAAGAGCCAGAAAAACGCAAGCGGAGCCCUGUGGAAGGAGGUGGUAACAGUCCAGGCAGUAAGGACAGUUUAACACCCAGGGGGGAGACUAUCAGGCCUUCAGGCCAUCAGCUGGUACCCAAGAUCCAGCUUCCACCUUCAGCUGGUCCCCCCAUGGGAAAGGGAAUUCGAGUAUUUGAUACAAGAAGCCUCAACGAAGAGAACUUUAUAGCAUCUAUCGAAUUGUGGAACACGCACCAGGAUAACAGAAAGCAAAAAGCUAUGGAAAAACAGAGAUCUGAAGGAGUCAAGCAAUUAUUUGAUCUGGGAGACACAGAUGAGAAGAAAUCCCAGAUAAGCGCCGAUAGUGGACUGAGCAUUACAUCAGGGUCCCAACAGAAGAGUGACACAGAAUCUACAGCAAGUUCUGAGCCACCUGCUUUGACCCGCAGCACAAGCCAGGACUCUGAAGCCAGCACAGUGGUGAGUAACAGUUCUGGUGAAACCUUAGGAGCUGACAGUGACCUGAGUAGCAAUGCUGGUGAUGGACCGGCUAGGAAACUUGCAUCCCACCUCACAGUAUCUAGGGGUACCCUUUCUGACAGUGAAAUAGAGACCAACUCUGCUACAAGCUCAAUUUUCGGUAAAACACAUAUGUUGAGGCCAGGACUGAAGGACAGCCGGAGAAGUUUACCCGGAAAGGAUCCAACUGUAGCACCACAAGAGGAUAUCAGUUCAAGGGUCUAUUUAUAUGAGGGACUAUUAGGACGAGACAAGAGUUCUGUUUGGGAUCAGUUGGAGGAUGCUGCAAUGGAAACCUUCUCCCUGAGUAAAGAGAGGUCUACACUAUGGGACCAGGUACAGUUCUGGGAAGACGCUUUCCUGGAUGCAGUGAUGCUUGAGAGGGAAGGAAUGGGCGUCGAUCAGGGGCCUCAGGAAAUGAUUGACAGGUACAUGUCUCUCGGUGAGCAUGAUCGUAAACGCCUUGAAGAUGAUGAGGACCGUCUGCUGGCAACUCUUUUGAAUAAUAUGAUUGCCUACAUGUUAAUUAUGAAGGUUAACAAAAAUGACAUAAGAAAGAAAGUUCGGCGUCUGAUGGGUAAAUCACAUAUUGGCCUUGUGUACAGCCAGGAAAUCAAUGACAUCUUGGAUCGCCUAGCACAGCUUAAUGGCCGUGAACUUCCAAUAAGACCAAGUGGCAGUCGCCAUAUUAAGAAACAAACAUUUGUGGUCCAUGCUGGGACAGACACCACUGGAGACAUCUUCUUUAUGGAGGUGUGUGAUGACUGCAUUGUUCUAAGGAGUAGUAUUGGCACAGUAUAUGAGCGCUGGUGGUAUGAAAAACUCAUUAAUAUGACCUAUUGCCCGAAAACAAAAGUACUAUGUCUGUGGAGGAGGAAUGGCCAGGAAACCCAGCUGAAUAAGUUCUACACUAAAAAGUGUCGAGAACUGUAUUACUGUGUCAAGGAUAGCAUGGAAAGGGCAGCUGCCAGACAACAAAGCAUCAAGCCAGGUCCAGAGCUGGGUGGUGAAUUUCCAGUCCAGGAUAUGAAGUCUGGUGAGGGUGGUCUUCUUCAAGUUACACUGGAGGGCAUUAAUCUGAAGUUUAUGCACAGUCAGGAGCGGAAGGUUUUCAUAGAGCUGAAUCACAUUAAAAAGUGCAAUACAGUGAAAGGAGUCUUUGUCCUGGAGGAAUUUGUUCCUGAAACUAAAGAAGUGGUGAUCCACAAGUACAAGACUCCAAUGGCUCACCAGAUCUGCUAUUCUGUGUUGUGUCUCUUCUCCUACAUGGCAGCGGUACGCGGAAAAGAAGCAGAGAAUAAAGCAAAAGUUCCUUCUCCAAGACUUGUCCCCAGUUAGCACUUUGGAUAUUUGGCCUGACCAAUGUUCCGUGAAGAGUUUUUGUCCACUUCCCAUUGGUCUCCAUUGUCUUGUGUUUUACUAUGCAUUCAGC